CAAUGUAUUGCUUCACUACGAUCUUAUGAAAUUCGAUCUGGAAACAUAUCGUAAACGUGCAAUUUUGAGGACGAAAAAUUCACGGCACCAUUUGGGAACAUCGACGAGCGAGUCAAAAUUUAAAGCUGUCAAAUUUCACUCUCCCUGAAUAAUGGCCAAUGCCACCGAAACUAAGUAUGUCACCGAAGUACCAAGCAGUCUUAAACAAUUGGCGCGUCUUGUUGUACGCGGCUUCUACUCCAUCGAAGAUGCGCUAAUCAUUGACAUGUUGGUGCGCAAUCCUUGCAUGAAAGAAGAUGACAUUGCAGAGUUGUUGCGAUUCGAAAAAAAACAAAUGCGCGCACGCAUCUCAACAUUGCGCAAUGACAAAUUCAUACAGAUUCGUUUAAAAAUGGAGACUGGACCUGAUGGCAAAGCACAAAAGGUCAACUACUAUUUCAUUAAUUAUAAGACAUUUGUGAAUGUUGUCAAAUAUAAAUUGGAUCUUAUGCGUAAGCGUAUGGAAACAGAAGAACGUGAUGCUACCAGUCGUGCCAGCUUCAAAUGUACAAACUGCGAUAAAACGUUCACUGAUCUCGAAGCCGAUCAAUUGUUUGAUUUUACUACAGGCGAAUUUCGUUGUACGUACUGUGGCAGCCCUGUGGAGGAGGAUAGUUCUGCGAUGCCAAAGAAAGACUCACGCUUAAUGCUAGCGCGAUUUAAUGAACAAUUGCAACCGCUAUAUGAUCUCCUACGAGAAGUAGAAGGCAUUAAGCUUGCACCAGAAAUACUUGAACCCGAGCCAGUGGAUAUAGACACGAUACGAGGCAUCGCAAAACCACUAUCCCAGCGUACCGAUGGGCAGCAAUGGUCUGGCGAGGCAACACGUAAUCAAGGAUUUGCUGUCGAGGAAACACGCGUUGAUAUUAGUAUUGGUGGCGAAAUACAGGAAGCUGUUACAGAACGUAAAGCUCGUCCUGUUUGGAUGACGGAAAGUACGGUCAUAACGGAGGACAAUCAUGAUGCCACGGAUGCCAUUCUCAACGAAGCUGCACAAUCAUCCACGCAGCAUACGAUAAGUGUUGGCGGCUCAACAAAUAACCGUAGUAAAAAGGAGAAUGAAGAUAUCAUGUCAGUGUUGCUUCAGCACGAAAAGCAAACAAAUCAAAAAGAUGCGCAAACGAAAGGUCUUAAAUAUGGAUCGCCGAAUGCGGACUCUAGUGAUUCUAGUGAUGAUGACAAUGAUAUAGAUAAUACGAAAAUACCCAAAGUUGAUUACAACAAUUUUAUCAAUUCCGAAUCGGAAGAAGAUGAUGAUGAUGUUCCUACGGUGCAUGUUGCCGGACGGCCACAUCCAAUUGAUCAAAUAAAUGAUGAACUUAUAGCCCAAAUGACACAACAAGAAAAAGAAAACUAUAUACAUGUUUAUCAGCAGCACUACAGUCAUAUUUACGAUUGAAAUGCAAAUUGUAUGAACUGGCAUGUAGUUGGGCUGCUAAGUUUUGGAUUGUAUAUUUUACUAGUUCAAUCUUAUUUCAAUUUCAAUUAUAUUGCAA